UGAAGUUCAAAGUUUGAAUGUUUAUUUGAAAAAAAAACGUGUUAUUUUUUUUUUGUUUUUUAUUUGUUUGGUGUUUUUUCUGUUCCUCAAAAUGGAUUCUUAUGUUGAUCGAUCGGCGAUUGAUGAUGUUAUUAAAGUUUUCAAAACUUAUUCCAAAAUUUGUGAAAAGAAAAAGAAAACCAAUCUACUUUCUGUUGAUGAUAAUAAUGACAAAAUUUAUCUGCAGAUGAGCUUCAAAUUACCACCAGCAAAUAGGACAACUUAUAUAAACAAUUAUCGUCCUCUUCCACAUCCAUACCUUAAUUUAAUUGAUCCAACAAUUUGUAUAAUUGUAAUGGAUCGUAACCAUGAAGGUUUACCCGAUCGGGAUUAUGAUCUUCGGAUUACCAAGGAAUAUUACGAAAAAAGAUUGAUUGAAGCUGGUAUUUCCAAGGAUCUGAUAAAACAUCGACUCUUCAUCUUACCAAUGAGAGAAUUACUAACCGAGUAUCGGUUGCCAAUAAUGAAACGUCGUCUUGCCUCAUCAUUUAAUGUAUUUAUGGCCGAUUCUCGGUUAGUCUCAAAUAGAUUUAAAUUGUUACCCAAAUUUUUAGGAAAAAAAUUCUGGAUUGAAAAGAAAUGUUUUCCAAUUGGAAUCAGUUUAAAAUACAAAAGAAAACACCUGAAAAACUCAUUCAAUAAAGCGCUUGGAACUUGUUCCCUUUAUAUAACUGGACAUGGACCCGAUUCAAGUGUAGCAUUUGGGCUUUCCAGACAAUCGGAAAAAGAGCUAGCCGACAAUUUAGAAUUUGUUUGUAAAUCAGUUUAUAAAACUUUCGGUAAAGCAAUCCAAUUAUUGAAGAUCAAAUCAACAAAAUCAUUGGCGAUACCAUUUUAUGCUGAUCUCAAUCAACCCAUCGAAGAAGUGAAAAAUAUAAUUCCACGAACAGUUCGACUUAAUGCCAAUCCAGUCAUAGAUGAGCAUCCAUUCUACGACAAUGCUGAAUUGAUUGUUUAUCCGACUGGUAAAACUGCGAUAAAAAGGCCCCGCAAUUGGACUCCAGAAAGUGAUGAGGAAGAAGAUGAAGAGUUUUAUCGAAAUCCAUCAUCAUAUGGGGCAAAUCAGAAUGGAGGUUUCAAGAGACAAUUUAACUAAGCAAUUAAAUGACAUGAAAGAGAAACUUUUUUUCUAUGGCAAUUAGAUUGCGAGCCCUACAUGUAAAUCACUAGAUAUGUUUUGUUUUGUUUUGUACAAUUAAAUGUAACACAAUUGUCAUGAUUAUGUGUUUGUUUGUUGAACAAUUAAAAUGUCAGUGAAUUUAA